CCAACAUCUCACACGUAAGACCCAAUAUUCUACCCCCAUCACCAACAGAUACCAGCAGAGAAAUGCCUAUCUAAGCUAGUACCCAGGUACUCAUGAAGUUCGUGCCCGGACUCAAACGGCCACGGAGCACGGCAGCUGAAGAGACGGGAUUCGGUAAGUUCCUUCUGUAUCACAUUGCAUUGCAUAAGAACCCUACAUACCUGAUAGAGGUAGCCUUAGGUAGCCUACGUAGGUACACAAGGGCGUUUGCUUCGUAACAAUGGCAUCGCAUAAUCCAAAAACGCGUGGAACCCCGAAGUGCCGAUUCACUGUCAGAUACAUGUCAGAUACAAAUAAGAACCAAGGGCCGUUUCCGAAGACAAAGAAACCUAUAUAUUGUCAUAUUGCCUACCUACAUAGCUGCGUGGGUUACAUCGACAGGAAAAACUCCGAGGGAUAGUAUCCAUAUCAUACUAGGUAUAUUACAUGCCUAUCACUCAAGGGUCGCUGUGACCGUCCCAUCUCAGCUUCAUGACAAUAUUUAAUACUCUCUCUUAAACUUUUCAUCUCACCUUACAGCCUCUCCGUAUACCUUUUUUCGUAGAGAUUGUUACGCACCUCUCCACCAUGUCGUCGCCGGAGGAGUCCUCUUCGGAGUCGUCCGCUACGGUGACCGAGCACGAGCGUGAUGUCGAAUCACAGAAACCUAGCAGUCACUUACCGUACUUCAAACGACAAUUCGAACUAGACGGCGUUUCUCCUGCGGUUUUGGCGUGGAAUUACAGGGGCGAAGGGACCGUCGAAGAACCUUUCGUAGUCGACUUCCUUCCCGAUGAUCCUAAGAACCCGAUGAAGUUUUCGGAACUGAAGAAAUGGUGUAUCACUGCCAUGCAGGCUAUCGCCGUCCUUGCCGUCACUUUCGUCUCGACCGCCUAUACGGGCGGCAUCAGUGAAGUCAUUAAAGAAUUUAAGAUCAGCGAAGAGGUCGCAAUCUUGGGCGUCUCCCUAUUCGUUAUCGGAUUUGCAAUAGGACCGCUGAUAUGGGCACCGCUAUCGGAAAUGUAUGGAAGACAGAUACUAUUCUUCUUUACGUAUAUGGGUCUGACGGCGUUUAACGCCGGUGCGGCGGGAUCCCCGAAUAUCCAGACGCUCAUCAUCCUCCGUUUCUUCGCUGGAACGAUUGGAAGCUCGCCUUUAACCAAUUCCGGCGGUGUAAUUGCCGACAUGUUCCCCGCUGCGAAACGAGGCUUAGCAACCGCCUUGUUUGCUACUGCCCCUUUCUUAGGUCCAUCUAUAGGUCCCAUCGUCGGCGGUUUUCUUGGUGUAGGGGGAGGAUGGCGAUGGGUUGAAGGUCUUAUGGCUUGCUUUACCGGACUCCUUUGGAUCAUCUGUACUUUCGCCAUCCCCGAGACGUACGCCCCUAUCCUCCUCCGAAGACGGGCGGAGAAGCUGUCCAAGAUGACGGGAAAGGUCUACGUAUCCAAGAUGGAUGCUGGCAAGCCCAGGAAGACCGUGAGCCGCGAAUUCAAGAUUGCCUUGUCUAGGCCCUGGAUUCUGCUCUUCCGCGAACCUAUUGUUCUUCUAACGUCUCUGUACAUGGCUAUUGUAUACGGAACCUUAUACAUGAUGUUUGCCGCGUUCCCCAUCGUCUACCAACAAUACCGUGGGUGGUCCCCAGGUGUUGGCGGCCUAGCCUUCCUGGGUAUUGCCGUCGGAAUGUUGUUCUCGGUUGCUUACAGCGUCUACGACAACAAGCGAUAUGCGAAGACUGCGGCUGCGCACCAGGGCAAUGCCCCAGCCGAAGCACGACUACCGCCUGCUUUGAUCGGCUCCGUACUACUCCCAAUAGGACUAUUCUGGUUCGCAUGGACGAACGGUCCUAACAUUCAUUGGAUCGUGUCUAUUAUCGCUUCGGCUUUCUUUGCCUCCGGUCUAGUUCUAGUCUUCUUAAGUCUGAUGAACUAUCUCAUCGAUUCAUAUGUCAUCUACGCAGCAUCGGCCCUCGCCGCAAACUCCGUUCUACGAUCCAUAUUCGGCGCCGCGUUCCCCCUAUUUACGACUGCUAUGUACAAUAAUUUAGGCAUACACUGGGCUAGCUGCGUUCCCGCGUUUCUCGCCCUAGCCUGCCUGCCAUUCCCGUUCUUGUUUUAUAAGUACGGCGGUGCCAUCCGGAUGAGAUGCAAGUAUGCCGCCGAGGCGGCCGAGGUCCUAGUCCGGAUGCGGACAGGGACACACCAGGGCGGACCGCCGCCAAGCGGAGGUCCCCAGGAAGAGCGAGAGAAGAAAGGGGAAGAAUAGAUUUUACAAAAGCUUGAUUCAUUUGAUUAUGACAGUCACGAACUCCGAUAAUCCGGAUAAUGGGUAAUAGGGUUUCUCUCCAUUAGAAAAACAAGGCGGUGAACUUUGGCGCAUUUACAGGCAUAGGUAAAACUUGGUAAUCUUGGGCAAUGGGUAGUUACGUCUAGAUACCAGAAGAUACACAACUCUUGAAUAUUAAUUUCCUAAUCUUUAAAUAUACCUAAUGAACAUACCACUGCGUUGACGCUCUCUUGAGCGAUGCUCUUUACAGCCUUCAUACGACUAGGCAUAUUACCGUAUGUCAUACCUAAUUACUAC